AUGAACGCCAAGGCUGACAUCGCCUUCCUCCUCAACCCGAAGGCGCAAGUGCAGAUGCUGAACUAUCAGUCGCCGGUCGAGGACAAUGUCGCGACACCUCCCGCGACGCCGCCUCCGAUGUCGCUCUUCCGCAGCCUCUCGCCGGUGGAGCGCUUGCCCACGCUCUCGCUCUCGCCCACCCGGAAGCUGCCGGCCUCGUACGAGCCCAUGUACGAGAAGCGGUUCAGCAACGUCCGCUGCUACGGGGACGACAGCACCCGCCUGCCAAUGCUGUCUCUCGUUGCGAUGUACGCUGCCAACAGCUCCAACUCUACGAGCAGCAGCGUCUCGCGUACGUCGUCGGUGGCAGGCAGUGAGCACAGCGAAGAGGACCACAGCACAACAUCCCAGCAUCUGACGACCAACCAGACCCACGCCGGCAAGACGCGCGUACGCAAGACGCACACCCCGCCGUGUCAGGUCCAAGGGUGCAAGAACCUCGCCGUCUCCCGCGGCUGCUGCGUCCGCCACGGCGGUGGUUCGCGCUGCGUGGUCGCUGGCUGCUGCAAGCGCGCCAAGCUCUACCAGCGCUGCUUCCAGCACGGCGGCUACAAGACGUGCACUGAGCCUGGGUGCACCAAGAAGGCCAAGCGCUACGGCCACUGCUGGUCGCACGGCGGCGGCCGGAUCUGUGAGGUCCCGGACUGCACCAAGGUGUCGACCCAGGGCGGACUGUGCUGGGCCCACGGCGGCGGCAACCGCUGUAGACUGGAGGGCUGCAGCCGCCGCUCGUACCAGAAGUACGGUUACUACUGCGUCCACCACGCGAACAUGAGCGCGGACACCGACAACACCCACUUCAACGCGAGUGUGUAA